CAACUGUCCAGCUGCAAAUUCAGGGGGAAUUGAGAAUGCACAAGGUUGACAAACUUGUUUGUUAUUACUUUACUCUUGUCUUCCAGGAAGAAGGAUGCGCUGUCAUUGUCACGAGACUAGUUUGUCUUUGUGAUCAAUUUGGAUACGUUUCAGCAGAAGUAGACUGACUAGUUUUGCAGAGACAAAGGAGUGUUUUGUUAAACUGUGCUGUCGUAUUUGAUUUAUAUUCGAGACGGGGACGUGAAUUGUUCACUGCUGUCUGCUUAUGUAACAAGCCUAUUUGGUCCAGUAAGAUGAAGAGCUUCGUAAUACUAAUAUUGGCAGGCAUCGUAUCUGCUGAGCUUCCCCAAGAAAAUCAACUGGACGUUUUGUCAGAUGAUUUCAUAAACUACAUUAAUUCUCUGAACACCACCUGGAAGGCGGGGCGCAACUUCGCGGAGGACGUGCCGAUGGCGUACGUGCGGCGGCUGAUGGGCGUGCACCCGGACGCGCGGGCGUUCCUGCCGCCCAGGAGGCGCCUGCUGGGCGGGGCUCGUCUCCCGGAGCAGUUCGACGCGCGGGACCAGUGGCCGGCGUGCCCCACCAUCAAGGAGAUCCGCGACCAGGGCUCGUGCGGGUCGUGCUGGGCGUUCGGAGCGGUGGAGGCCAUGUCGGACCGGGUGUGCAUCCACUCCGAGGGCAAGAAGCAGGCGCACCUGUCCGCGGAGGGGCUGGUCUCGUGCUGCCACUCGUGCGGGCUCGGCUGCAACGGGGGCUUCCCGGGCGCCGCCUGGAGCUACUGGGUCUCCAAGGGCAUCGUCAGCGGCGGGCCCUACAACUCCAGCCAGGGCUGCCUGCCGUACCAGAUCCAGCCGUGCGAGCACCACGUGAACGGGACGAGAAUGCCGUGCUCCGGGGAAGGUCCCACGCCCAAGUGCAGCAAGAAGUGUCGCGAGGGCUACGAUGUUCCGUACAGCAAAGAUUUGAAUUUCGGGCGGAAGAGCUACUCGGUGGAGAGCGCGGAGGAGCAGAUUCAGCUGGAGAUAUUCAAGAACGGCCCGGUGGAGGGAACCUUCACGGUGUACAGCGACCUGCUGCAGUACAAGUCAGGCGUGUACCAGCACGUCACCGGAGAGGCCCUGGGCGGCCACGCCAUCAAGAUCCUCGGCUGGGGUGUGGAGGGGGGCGUGCCCUACUGGCUGAUUGCCAACUCCUGGAACUCGGACUGGGGCGACCACGGCUUCCUGCGCAUCCUGCGCGGCACGGAUCACUGCGGCAUCGAGAACCAGGUGACGGCCGGCCUGCCCCGGCUGUGAGGCGUGUUGGCAGCCCUGGUGCCACUCUUGCCACCUUGCUCCUCUUUUACUCUUUAGGGAUUCUUUGUAUCUAGCUUUUAUGUUUGAAGUAUGGAAACAAUGUACAUUUUCAUAUGGUUUUAUUUGUGGAUAUUUUUCAAAAGUAAAUAUAUAAAAGUGUUGCAUGAUACACACUUUAUUUUCCUAAUGUUUGAUUAAUGGUGUAUUAUAUAUAGAUGUGAAACAAUGAUACUUAUUGAAGUAGAACAUAAAAAAAUGUGUUUGGAUCAUGUAAAAAAAAAAAUAUUUGAACAAUGGGUUUGUAAGUUAAUUUUUUCUGAAUAAUGUAAUAAGCAUGCUAAGAUCUGAAUAACAUCCCUUUUUAACUUGUAUGGUUUUUUUUUCUUUUACUUUUAUAUAAGUUUUUGUAAACUGAUGCAGUUGUAAAUAAAACACAAUUACAUCAAACCAUCAA